AUGUCUGCUGCUUGGAACUGCACUCCAGGGACACGAAAUCACCAACUUGUAACUUCCAAUGACCCUCCAUCAGACUCUGAGGUCUCCGAUUUCCUCGACAUCUCAGCCGACAUCGCUGCACGUAUCAAGGCAGUGGAUGAAGAGAUCCAUGCACUCCGAAGCCGUUUGAAGGUUUUUGAACAGGAGCAGUCUCUCCUGUAUGACCGUCGCAUGAAGGCACAGCGUGUUCUUGCUCCAAUACGACGACUGCCGCCAGAAUUACUCGCAGAAAUAUUUUCUAUGACAAUGCCGCCCGUAUAUAUUCGCUCUGGAUAUAUACCUGUGGGCUCUAAUCUGAGCCCCUGGUCUCUUAUGCAUGUCUGCCGCCAUUGGAGAGCAGUCGCUUCAUCGACGCCCUCGCUCUGGGAGGUCAUUGCAAUGCUCUAUGACAAGUCUGAAAACGAGCCUGUAUAUCCUCUCCGCCUGCUAGAGGCCCAUCUCCAACUGGCUCGGUCACUUAGAAUCGACUUUUGGGCACAUGACAACGAAGAAUCUGAACGACAGAAGAAUGCAUUCAUACUACUCGCCAAACACUCUGAAAAAUGGGUAGAACUCAACAUUGGGAUGAAGGCUGGACUCUAUCCGAUACUUAACGGCCUUUGUGGGCGACUUAAUUCUCUCCGAAAAGCGUGGUUGCGCUGCGACGACGAUCGAGGCUUAGUGCCAUCGCCACCCCCUAUUGUCUGUUUUGAGGGUGCACCAGUCCUGACAGACUUGGGCCUCAAAAACAUGACUUAUCACUCCCAAGUAGCAGCUCCCUUCCGCCAGCUCCAGCGAUAUUAUCUUCGAACGGAAUGGUAUGGACAUACACACGUUCUCCAAGACCUUUCUGCAGUGGCUGAAGCACGAAUCAUCGUCGACGUUGAUCACGUGUCUACCAACGGGCUCGCCCGCAGAAUUCACUUCCCAUUCCUCCGUAGGCUGAGCGUCUCGCACGGUGCAAUCUUGGAUGCUAUCGAUGCUCCCGAGCUGAGUCAAAUCGCACUCGAAUCCUACGAACUUGAGCGUGCAUCACUGAUUUCAAGCUUGAAUUCUCUUGUUGCGCAUUCCUCCUGUCAGCUCCAAAGGCUGGCCAUCUAUGGCAUUCCCCAGAGUGAGACUACAAUCCAACUUUUGCACCAAUUCCCGUCUUUAGAACAUCUUUGUCUUAUAUGGGAUGAAGACCGAGCGGGAGAUAUCAUGCAGAACGACGUGGACACCAUUGUUUCUGCCCUCAUGAUCACGGCAACUGGACCUAUCCUUACUCCUCGCCUACGAAUUCUUUCGUUCGCAUGGGAGGCAGUAGCCCAGGUCGAUUACCGCUUGCUAGCUCGGAUGGCCAGGGCCAGGUGGAAAUCGGAGAGUUGCCGCCUUGAAAGAAUGGAAAUAUUGAGGGGACAAUCUGAAGAAGGCUCAGAAGGCCUUUUAGAUCCCUUGCGCAUGCUCCGCGAUGCGGGAAUGGAUUUGGUCUGGCUUGAAGGGGGAGCUGCUCACAAUGUGAUGGAUAGAUAUCACUUCGCUUCAUGA